CCCUGUCAGCCCUGCCUUCUUCGCAACCGGCGUUCAGACUGCACCUCACUCGCAACCUUCGCCUACAUUCAUCACUCCCUUCCCUUCCUACUCUCUCCUCCUCUCCCAUGUCUUCCUCAGCAACUGCAAUCCCGGCAGAGACGCCCCUUCUGUCGGCUUCUCGCCUCAUCUCCCAGGCUCUCUCGCUGCUCAGGGACUCGCCCGAUUCCGCCCCGAGCCAAGAUGCCAUCUCUCAGCUGCAGCUCUCCUUGGACGUUCUCACCAAGCUAGAUCCUUACAUUGAGUCUCACAGCGCCGCUCCGCCCGCUGCUUUCGAGGGACUGGCACAGGCCACAGUGUCCGAAGAUUGGGCUGCCCGUCACAGGGAGGGUAAGACCGCCUUCCCCCUGGGGGCCCAGUUCUCCGCUGGAGCUUAUGAAGGAAUGUUCGUGGCUCAGGUUGCAAAGAGUAUCCGGGCCAAGCGAGUCCUGGAGGUCGGCAUGUUCACUGGCACGACCACCCUCUGCAUCGCCGAUCAAUUGCCUGCGGGAGGAAAGGUCAUUGCGCUGGAAAUCGAUGCCUACCUGAAGGACUUCCUUAAGCCCCAUGCGGAGAAGGCCGGCGUCUCCGAGAAGAUCGAGGUCAUGACCGGCAAGGCAAAGGACUCCAUCGAGACUAUUCUCAAGGAGGUCCAGAGCGGAAAAGCAGAACCCUUCGAUCUCAUCUUCAUUGAUGCUGAUAAGGAGGGCUACCAGGGUUACUUUGAUCAAAUCAUCAAUGGUGGCCUACUCGCCAAGUCGGGAACCCUACUCUGCGACAACACAUUGUACAAGGGCUCUCCGUUCCUUGAGGAGGGCUCACCUCAAAUUGAGAAGCUCCUCGCCAAGGUCCCCGGCAUCUCUGUCAACAAUGCAGUGGCUCUGCGAAAGUUCAACGACAACGUCUUGCAGGACAAGCGAGUCCUGUCUACCAUUCUGCCCAUCCGUGAUGGAGUUACGUGGAUCAACUGGGCCUGAGAGAAGAUUGCGGCCCAAGACAGAGCGCUGAGCAGUGGUGGGGAAGAGUCACAAAUCGGAAAAGGAACUGGAAUCGCGUUGAUAGAAGAACAGACGUGGACGCUUUCGUUAUGGUACUGUACAGGUCAUUGACUGUCGGUCUUGCCUCUUUGGGGCCUCUGCUCUUUAGUCCUCCUCUUGUGUUACCCUGCACCCACAAUCAAAACGUCUAUUUGUAGCCAGCUCAAUGAGAUGCUGCUGCCCUCUCGAAUAGUUCUCCCGCUUGUCUGAUUAGUAUCGGACGAGUGAGAAAGCAAGGAUCUUGAAUCAGCAUACAGCGUAGAGGCUGCAGCUCCCCCUCUGAUACUCACUGCUCUUUCCUCUUCAUCUCCUCCAGACGCCUGAUCAUCUGUAUUUGCUCAUCCCUGUUCCAUUCUCCUCCCUCCAUGCCAGCAAUCGCC